AUGCUUCCAGCUCAGACAUUAAUAAGAGCUUUGCUCUACCUUCUGCUCAGUGGCAUUGCAAAGUCAUCCUUGAAUGCAGGCUCGGAUCGCGAUUCAGAUACGAGGGCGGCCGGUUUUAGGCUCCGGCAUGUCUUCAAUUACAGGCUAGGCCAGCAUGCAGCUUACUCGACCCCCCUUGACAUCAAGGACAGCAUUGAGAUGGUCGAUUCGCAUCCAUCAAGUCAACCAUUUGCAACUCUGAAGGUGAGAGCUCAUGAUGGAAACAAUGUCGAGCACGAGAACGAUCUACAAGUAGGCAAACUGCAGCAGGUUAAUCUACGUAUUGACAAAGCCUCAAAUCUUGUUCCGAACACAUCUGAUAAAGAGACCGUGGUAAAUCUGGCAAAGAUGACGAGCGACGCGUACCUGUUCGACCCCAGAGAACCCAGCUGGCUGAACACAAGUCUUGGCUACAACUUCACAUCCCGUUUUGGCUGGGAAGGAGAUGGUAUCAGAGGCCAUGUAUUCACUACUGAGGAUUAUGGCAAUGUCAUCGUGGCUUUCAAGGGUACCACUAUUGAUCCACGUGACAAAAUUUCGGGACAAGACCAGAUAAAUGACAACAAAUUGUUCAGCUGCUGUUGCGGAGCACAAAAUCCAUAUCACUAUGCGCCGGUAUGCAAUUGUUCAACAGGCCAAUUUCAGUGCGACUCGAACUGUUUGGCGACCUCGCUGCUUCAAAAUGAUUCAUACUACGAUGCUGCAAUGUUCGUGGUUGGUCAGAUCCAGGGACUAUACCCUAAAGCAACCUUCUGGCUGGUUGGGCACUCACUUGGUGGUGCUUUAGCCUCUUUGGUUGGCCUGACACUCGACAUACCUUCCGUCAGUUAUGAGGCCCCAGGCGAACGCCUCGCUGCUCAGCGAAUGGGACUGCUACCUUGGGACGUAACUGACAGAGUCCGGCGACCAACAAUGUAUCACAUUGGAAAUACGGCCGACCCGAUUUUCGAAGGUUCCUGCACUGGAUUAUUCUCACUAUGCGCAUUCUGGGGACUUAGCUUGGAAAGUCGUUGCCAUAGUGGCAAGAAAUGCACGUACGACACGGUCAAGGACAAAGGUUGGCGAGUCAGUGUGACAAAUCAUCGCAUCAACUAUGUCAUCGAGAAUGUUCUUGAGGAAGAGUCGACAAUUCUCAAUCUUGCUAGAGCUAGAGAGAAAGCACUGUUUAUGAUACAGGCAGAAGCCGUGGCAGAAAAUGAGGAUCGACCGUGGACCUUUGACUCUUCUGGCGACACCAUGAUAGAGAACAACGCUGAUCCAGCUAUACCGCCGCCGGCGGCGCCAGGCACAAAUGCAGAUCGGUCAGUUCAUUCAGCUGAAACGCAUGAAUCGCAGCAUGCGGCGAACGCAGACAACGACGUCGAAUCCGAUCCUCCCGAUUACCUGGAUAAUCUACCUGGUAACCCCAGUGGGGUACUGGCCGUAACCGUGCUGGAUGAGGAAAGAGAUCCCACCAUUGACGCAGGCUACCCAUUGGUCCUUUCAUCCAGACACACAGUUCAUGAUCUACGACUUCGGAUCCAGGGUGUACACCCAAGUCAUCCUCCUCCAGACCGCCAACGACUCACCUACAGCGGUCGAUUGCUCCCAUCUUUCCCAGCAAUCCCACUGUGGGGCGCUUUGUCUCUUCAGGAUCGCGCAGCCGAUGUUCGACCUCUAGUGCGAUUACAGAUACUUCCCGACGAGGUUGCCGCGCAGCCACCGCGACAACCCGAUCUUAACGACUGGGGCCCAGCCACCUAG